UGUUGUCAUCAUUGAAUAUUAAUCUCGGAAUCAUUCUGCUUUUGUAUCCCGUACAGCUUGUUCGUACAGCUUGUUCGAUUUCGUCAAAUCGGAGUUUAUCGCUGGGGACGGCUGGGAUGGGAUGUGCCUGGCCCGUUCCAACCCCUAAAAUGAAUGAGUGACGUCUUAGGCGUGGGGCGUGGGAAACUCCGUUAGUGGCGCUGUCCAAUAUACCGAGUAGUAACCCGUUUUCAUCUCCGUACUUACUCUAUUCUCUUGACUGGAUCUUGAGAACCUCGGACCUUUUAACUGCCUUUAAACCAUUGUGUUAUUCGAUCGCCGUUGACUUUAAGCUUCAGUUGGUCUAGGCUCAUUGUUCAGAGAGUCAUACUUGGCAAGCAUAUGUGAUCUUCGUUUCCCUCGUUAGAUAGACGACAACCUGAGGGGCUUAUCGCAAUCGGAACCAGUUCGCUGACCCAAAUAUUCACAACCACCCGCGCGGCCCCGUCGCCACAGACAAAACCCACGCCAUCUUUGUCUGGGAGUACCAGAUAAGCGUGCAAGAAUCAUGAUACGAUCCCGCGAAGAUGUCAAGAAGCGGGUAGGCCGGAAGUUGACCAAGAAGAGGAGGGAAGACCGCCGGGUCACUAUGGAGAUCCCCAAGCGCUUUGAGGAUGGCGAUGACGCAGAAGAGGACUGCACGGCUCCCAAGGGACAGAACGGAUUGAUUAAUCAGUCUGUAUUUGGGAUGAUCGCAGCUGCACGUUCCCAAGCCGACUUCCAUGCAAGAUUCGACGGCCAGGAUAGCGAUGAUGAGGAGGACGAGACGACGGAACCGGAAGACGCCUCAAGACCGUCGGAGGCUUCUUCCGGCCCUGCCACGACCAAAGCUCCUACAGAUGAGCGUAUAUCACGACAUAGAUUUCAUAGACGCAAGCUUUCCGAUAAUAAGCUUCUACGAUCCUUAUCGCAACUCGGCAUCAAGAACAGAAACAAACAUGCACAGCUAUCGACAGCUUCAAGCGAUCCGGUCACGCCGGAAAAGACCAAGGACACUGAAAGACAUCAUAUAACACGGUCGCCUUUUAAAGGCCCUCCUAUAAUGAGCCAGAUGCUCGAAGCAAAGGCAGAGGCGGUGCAGCGGGCAAGCUUCGAUUCGAGGCGAUCAGACUAUAUAUCAGGGCAGUCGGACGAUGGUGCAGAUGGCGCAGAAGGUUCACCGAGCGACCUGGCGAUACGGUUGAUGGAGAUUUUCGAGUUCGAGAGCCCCGAACUGGUUAUUGAUGAAUAUCCUUGCUGGCUUAUGAAGAGCGUACUGCUCCAAGGGUACAUGUAUCUUACCGAAAAGCACAUCUGCUUCUACGCAUAUCUCCCUAAGAAAUCGAACGAGAUAGUUAAAUCAGGAUAUCUAAGCAAACGUGGACUCAAGAACCCAAAGUAUAACCGCUACUGGUUCAACCUGCAAGGCGAUGUGCUGUCAUACUAUACGGAUCCUUCUGACAAGUACUUCCCAUCCGGCAAUAUCGAUCUCAGAUAUGGUAUAUCUGCAAGCGUUGUAGACAAAGAGAAACCCUUUUUCGAAGUUAUAACCAACCACCGGAGGUAUCAAUUCCACGCCGACAGUAUACCGAGCGCGAAGGAAUGGGUGAAGGCACUUCAGAAGAUUAUGUUCCGUUCUCAUAAUGAUGGAGAUAGCGUCAAAAUUUCAUUGCCGAUUGAGAAUGUGAUCGACGUGGAAGACAGCCCGGUGAUUGACUUCGCGGAAACCUGCAAGAUUCGAGUAAUCGACAAUGAUGAAACAUACGCUAUUGAUGAGUACUUCUUCUCGUUUUUCAGCUUUGGAAAGCAAGCAUUGAUCAUUCUUCGCACUCUUGUGUCGGAUUCGGCAGCAAAGCAAAUACCAGAAGGCCUGUUGGUACAGCCACGAGGAAACUCCGGCAGUAACAGCCCUAAGGCAGGUUCAUCUAGGCCUAGCCUUGCGAUUUCGACAAGAGAGACCAAACCGUUUCUAAACCAUGGCAAGGCAACUUCUUCAGGGCUCGAAGAGAGCGUUAAGGCAACACUAACAGCUCUUAUCUCGUCCCCUCUUCACGUACAUAGUCCGAGAGCUAGCGGCGACUUUUCUAGAGCAAGCUUUGACAUCAACCAGAGAAGUACUAGCCAGACUAGAGCUUCGAGACGCAGUAUGGAUGUUAGCAGAUUUAACUUGGACGGGCAAGGUAGAAAUGGGAGUCCCAGCAACGACAGACGAAGCUUCAGUAGGGAUCGGUUACCCGAGAAGAAGAAUUCUGAGAAGCAAGAUUCGUCCGACUCAUAUGUUCAUUCGAUGGAAGAGUCCUCGGCCGCUGCUCAAUCAGCUAGCGAGGAUGUCGAAGGGUCUGCUAGUCAGAUACUGAGGGGCAGCGAAGGAUUCUUCCAACCUACUAUCCAUCGCUCUGCAUCUACACCAAGGCGCCGAGAUGAUACUCAAUUGCCUGGGGGUCCGCUGCUACCACAGACACCUAUGCUACUACCACACGCAGCAACGAUUGACGCAUAUGAACUGCCAAAGCUAACUCAGGCUGAUAAUGCGUCUUCACCUUCUUUACAGACCUUAGCUAAAGCUGGUGCAUACCCGCUGCAGAGGGCAGCUGGCUUUGCUAACUACCUCAACCGCCAUUCAAAACGCAUGAGCACCCUUCUUGCAACGGAGUCUAUGGGAUAUGUUGAGAAGGUCUCGGGGAUGUGGAAAGGUGGGAAGAAGCAUUACGACGAGCCACUAGGCCACGGGCUAGAGGAUGACACAGACGAUGAAGGUGGCCAAUCUGAUGGAGCUGAACAUCGCUUCCAAGCCCAUUUUGCCCUUCCAGCUGGCGAAAAGUUGCAGGCGGCAUAUUUUGGCUACUUUCACAGAGUACUACCUCUCUAUGGCAAGAUCUACAUUAGCAAUCGCUCGUUUUGCUUUAGAAGCCUUUUACCUGGCUCUCGCACAAAGCUGAUUCUGCCACUCAAAGACAUUGAAAAUGUAGACAAAGAGAAGGGCUUCCGCUUUGGCUAUUCUGGGCUAGUUGUCGUUGUUAAGGGGCACGAGGAACUCUUCUUUGAGUUCGGACAACCCGACGCAAGAGAUGAUUGCUGUGUCACUUUACUUCAGAACCUCGAAACGAUUCGCUACCUUAAGGAAUCGGGCUUGCUGACGCAAGAGGAAGAGGAAAGUGCAGCAUGGGCGGUUGCGGAGAAUAAGGCUUUGCAAGAAGCUCGUCAAGAAUCACGGCAGCAUAGCCAUGACCUCGAAUUGCCAACUACUGUGGAAGGCGCCUCAACUGAGACGGCCCCUAUAAUGUUCGACGACCCCAGAGCGUCGAUAUUAAACUUUAAGCCCACGGAGUCGCUUCGCAUUACUUGUUUAACAAUUGGCUCGCGCGGAGAUGUUCAGCCAUACAUAGCGCUAUGCAAGGGAUUUAUAGCGGAAGGACAUAGGCCAAAGAUCGCGACACAUGUUGAAUUCAAGGAUUGGAUCGAGGGCCAUGGCAUCGAGUUCGCUCCCGUCGGAGGCGACCCGGCUGAGCUUAUGCGCAUUUGCGUUGAGAAUGGCAUGUUCACAUACUCAUUCUUGAAAGAAGCGUCAACGAAUUUCCGCGGUUGGAUCGAUGACCUACUUUCUUCGUCUUGGGCGGCUUGCCAGAAUUCAGAUGUCCUCAUCGAGAGCCCCAGCGCCAUGGCUGGCAUACAUAUCGCCGAAGCGUUAGGAAUUCCAUACUUCCGCGCCUUUACGAUGCCCUGGACAAGAACGCGCGCCUAUCCCCAUGCCUUUGCCGUGCCAGAGCACAAGAUGGGCGGAGCGUAUAACUACAUCACCUACGUCAUGUUCGAUAAUGUCUUCUGGAAAGCCAUUGCGGGCCAGAUUAAUAGGUGGCGUAAGAAGGAGCUUAGUCUCCCUCGCACCACCCUGGAGAAGAUGCAGCCCAAUAAGGUGCCAUUCCUGUACAACUUCAGUCCCUCGGUCGUCGUGCCACCGCUCGAUUACAGUGACUGGAUCAGGGUGACGGGGUACUGGUUCCUCGACGAAGGCGCCGGUUAUAAGCCACCUAAGGAGAUCUCCGAUUUCAUCGCUAAGGCUAGGGCUGAUGGGAAGAAGCUCGUCUAUAUUGGGUUCGGUUCUAUCGUUGUAUCAGACUCGGCUGCUCUCACGAAAACGGUAGUCAAUUCAGUGCUAAAGGCCGAUGUUCGCUGCAUCCUAUCCAAAGGAUGGUCCGACAGACUCGACAAGAUCGGCGCAACCGAGCCUGAAGUCCUCCCAGAGGAAAUCCUGCAAAUCAAGUCUGCACCCCACGACUGGCUGUUCACGCAGGUUGAUGCUGUAACCCAUCACGGUGGUUCUGGAACCACUGGAGCGAGUCUUAGAGCUGGCAAGCCUACGAUUAUUAAGCCCUUCUUUGGAGACCAGUUUUUCUAUGGCGGGCGAGUGGAGGACCUUGGUGUUGGGAUUUACCUUCGGAAGCUCAAUGUGAGCGUCUUCGCGCGCGCGCUGUGGGAAGCUACGCAUAGUGAAAGGAUAAUUGCCAAGGCGAAUCUGCUGGGAGAGCAGAUCAGAAGCGAGGAUGGCGUGGAUACGGCGAUACAAUGCAUAUACCGCGACAUGGAAUACGCCACUGGUCUCAUUAAGCGGAAGUCCGGCAGCCACGAAGGGUUAGCUGAAGAUAUCGAGGAGAGCUGGACGUUCAUAGGCGACGACAACGACCCGGAACUCAUGAGCCGCAUUCACGCAUGGGAUCCGCGUGUGGUACUUGCACACUCGAGGGACUUCACGGAAUCACAGCCAAAGGAUGCGGCCAAGCCAAAGUCUCUGGUUCCGACGCCAACGUGUGAGACUCCGCUGCCUGCUGAACAGGAGGCGGGAAGCAAGUGAUUUGGUGCAGGGGUAGGAUUGGACGUAUAUUACUAAUAUUGUGACGAGGCGCUGUUGGUGAUGGGGGAGCGUUUUUACGAUUGGUAUGGACGGUGUUAUCGAGUGCUGGCCUUGAUGAUAGAUUGGCAUGGUGGAGUGUAGGUGGUUAGUAAAUCCGUAGCCCUAUGAGCAUAUACAAGACACUCCUUAUAUAUAGGUUUCUAUUCCUUUGUAUAGCCUCAUAUGGCCUCAAAUAAGCUCCAAGAACGAUGGUCGCGGCUGUGCAAGGAGCAAGGGAUCGGUUGUUGCCUUAGGACGUCUAUGCAUCCCACCCCAACAAUCCAACCAAUCACUCCACCCGACUCCUUCGCCCGCAACGGAGGCAAAUGGCAUAAAAGGUUGCUAAGGCCCCCCGACCUUCGAAAAGCACCUUUCAGAAGUACGGAAGCGGCCGC